AUGAAGAUAGUUAACACGGUUUCACGAGACGAAGAACAUGCUGAUGUUUCUAAAGAUCACAAAGGAAUCUAUUGGCGAUUACUUUUCCUUAAUUUAGUCGUUCUAUGGACAUAUCAUUCGUUAAUGUCUGCACAGAAUUAUUACAUCAAGUAUUUUCCAACGAGUCGAUUAGAAUUUUGGGGAACGGUGUUAGCUGGCAGUGUGAUGUUAUUCUGUCACAUAGGUCAACUGUUUGGUUUUUAUAAAUAUGGAUUUACUAAACGUAUCAUACCUGGUUUUCUUGGAUAUAUCAUCAUUGGAAUUCUUGUUAUGUCAUGGAAAAAUCCUAUUAUUUUAUUAAUCGCCUUUGGAACUGUCGGAGCUUUAAAUACGUUAACUGAAUCGCCAGUUUAUGCAAUUAGUGGGUUAUUUCCAAUUGGAUCGUUUACACAAGCUGUUCAAGUGGGCAAUGCUAUUGCUGGCUUUUUAAAUGUGUCUAUCAAUACAAUUUUACGUUUAAUUGUCUUACUUGUUCAUAGCCAUAUCGAUCAGGAUCAAUUAUCGUUUUUUCUAUUUAUGAGUGUUGGAAUUCUGUUGAGUUUUCUUGCAAUUUAUGUCUAUUAUCAAUUGAUACAUAUACCUUCGAUACAGAUUCGAAUCCAACAGCAAAUGAUCGCGUUCAAACAGACGAAACAUGAUGAUGUUGUUGACUUACAUCUGAUUAGAAAUGAACUCUCCUAUUGGCAACUAACAAAAAUUCUUAAACCACAUCUAUUUGUACAAUUUUAUACACUAUUUAUUACUCUAUUAUUAUGGCCAGGUAUUCCUUGUAAUGCUUCGAAACAUGGUUGGUUUCAGUAUGGUGGACACCUUUGGUGGUGCUCACCAUUUGUUAUCGGAACGUUUAAUCUUGGUGAUUUAGUUGGACGAAUAGUGGCGAUCAAAAUUUAUCAAUAUUUUUCCACGAAAAUCUUGUUUAUCGCUUCGAUUCUACGAACAUUUUUCGUUCUGAUUAUUAUUUUCCGGCAUGGGAUUGACAAUAUCUUUUUAUUGCUCUUAAUCACUCUACUAGGAUUUACUAAUGGCCUUCUGGCAACUGUUGCGUUCAUGUAUCGUCCAUCGGCUAUCGUCGGAGUGAAUAAUUAUGAAAAAGCUGCUUAUCUGAUGGCUUCUGCGUUGUACUUUGGGAUUGCUAGCGGAUCAAUUGUUGCUGCUAGUUUAUCUUCAAGUCAUGUUCUCGAAUAA